UGAGUGCUGCAGGAAAGCGAGUUUUGUUUUGCCCUCAUCGACUCCCCCAAACAUUCGAGAAGCAAACUGUGUUCGCAGUCUGUGGGGUCGCGUUUGUCAAUAACGUGUUCGGAUAUCGUGGUCUAUUCGUUCCUUGUUUAGUGUGGUGCUGCUCCGGCGUUAGUCGCUAUCGUCCGCCAUGACAUCGACCGUUGUGCGCGAGGGCUGGCUAAAUAAGCGCGGAGAAUACAUCAAAAAUUGGCGUGCGCGUUGGUUUCAGCUGAAGAGCGAUGGCUCGUUUCUGGGCUACAAAGACAAGCCAAGUGCUGGUAGUGGAGCAGAUCCGCUGAACAACUUCACUGUGGAGAAGUGCCAGCUAAUGAAAGCAGACAAGAUCAAAAAGAAUGCGUUCAUCAUUCGCUGCUUGCAGUGGACCACGUUUGUUGAGCGAACAUUCUGCGUUGACAGUGCGGACGAGCGCGAUGCAUGGAUGAAAUGUAUCAAAGAAGUCGCAGCGAACGUGGACAGCGACAAGGAGAAGAGGGAACCCGCACCCAACGGCCAAGCAGGCGGAUUGCCGGAGAGUGGCGGUCUCGAUGGCAAAGAUGACAAGAAGGAUAAAGUUCUGGAAGAUUUCGAAAUGCUCAAGGUGCUUGGCAAGGGAACAUUCGGUAAGGUGAUGCUGGGCCGUGACAAGGCAACAGGUGAAGUGUUCGCGAUCAAAAUCCUGAAGAAGGAGGUGAUUGUUGCCAAAGAUGAAGUAGAGCAUACGAUGACGGAGAACCGAGUGUUACAGUCGGCCCGUCACCCGUUCCUAACGUCGCUGCGGUACUCGUUCCAAACCAAGGAGCGCCUGUGCUUCGUCAUGGAAUAUGUAAAUGGUGGCGAACUGUUCUUUCACUUGUCAAGGGAACGUGUGUUCACGGAGGAUCGUACCCGUUUCUAUGGUGCUGAGAUCAGUCUGGCUAUCAAGUACCUGCACGAACUUGGUAUUGUCUAUCGGGAUUUGAAGCUGGAAAAUCUACUGCUGGACAAGGAAGGACACAUUAAGAUCACUGACUUUGGCCUGUGCAAAGAGGAGAUCACGUACGGCGCUACAACCAAGACGUUCUGCGGCACGCCGGAGUAUCUAGCGCCUGAAGUACUCGAGGACAAUGACUAUGGCAGGGCGGUGGACUGGUGGGGCCUCGGCGUGGUCAUGUACGAGAUGAUGUGUGGCCGUCUGCCGUUCUACAACCGCGAUCACGAGGUGCUCUUUGAGCUGAUUCUGAUGGAGGAGGUGAAGUUCCCAACGCGUAUCACGGAGCUGGCCCGCAGUCUGCUGGGUGGUCUGCUCAUCAAGGACCCAACGCAUCGCCUCGGCGGCGGUAAACGAGACGCCGAAGACAUCAUGGAGCACGCGUUCUUCGCCAGCUGCAUCAACUGGGACGACCUGAUGGCAAAGAAGAUUGAAGCGCCGUUCAAGCCCACGGUUAAGUCGUCAACGGACACCUCGUGGUUCGACGAGGACUUCACCAACGAGCCAGCACGACUUACACCACCGGAGAGUGCACAAGGCGAGGACGUCCACUUUGAGGACUUCUCGUAUGCCGUCGAUGGCCAGCUAGCAGCGAGCACCUAACCAGUCAGGUCCUUGAUGUGCCGCACUGAACUUUCUUUCCCCCUGUCAUGUCUCUGUGUCUGUUUGUAUGUCGGAUUGUGUUUAUGUGUGUGUCUGUGUGUGCGUGCCUAUUUCCGCUUCUCAUGGUGCUGGUGGAUGUGUUAGCCGUUGCCACCUCCCUGCGGUUGUGGCAGAGAAUCGUCUUGUGGCUGACGCUCCCCAUUUUGCCAUGCAUUACACCCGCUUCUCAUGCUUGUCUGUCUUCUUCGGCACUGUGUGCCCAUUGUGCAAAUAGUAGCACACUGCAAAUUUAGACCAAAGAUUUGUUGAUUCUGGCCUUUGCAUUUUCCCGUAUAUCUUUUGUUUGUGGGCGCUGUUUGAUAAAGAGGCUGCAAGAAGCUUUGCCUGGCGGUUCUCCUCGCUCUUCGCUGAAUGGCCAUGCCACUCCAGACUGUACAUCAACUCUACUCCCUUAUAUCAUGGUCCCGUAUUUGGCUACGGUGUAUAUUUCCUAUUUUCGUUACUGCUGUUUUUAUUUUUGUUUUCGGCGGUGCAGUUCCACAUCCGCUUAUUCGUUGUCUUGUGUGCGUAUAUCGAGCCUUUUUUCGUUCUUUUGAAAGCCUUGCAAAAGUGCAUGACUUGUCUUGACCCAUUAUCGCUGCUAGCAGUUUGUUCUUGCUCGGAGCCUUGUUACUUUAUGGUGCAUGUCUCAUCCUGCAUGUGCAUUGUAUCCUUUACUCCAUGCCAAAAGAUCAUAAAUUUCUUUCUUAUAAUAUCUUGUGGCUGACAGUUACCAUAUAUUGCUGGAUCACGUGGUACUUAGUGUACUAACGGAGGAGAAGCAAAGCAUCGUCGGUGACUUUCAUUGGCGCUGCUUUUUUUUUCAGAG